AUGGCGGACGUGACAGUGCUGAGAUGUUGGCCAGCCUGCGUCGAUGCAAUCGAUUGGUCUCCGGAUGGCAUCAUUGCAUUAGCGUCGGAUGAGCGCGUGGAGCUGCUCUUCCCAAACACCAUCGACUUUGAGCGAGAUCAAGUUGCCCCUCAGUGGCAGCACGUACCCCUCAAGGUGCCUUUGUUUUCCACCGAUGAGCUACCACUCAAAGAGCCUGCGCCUAUAUCAAACUAUUCCGUUGGAGAGGAAAUAUCGAAUAGUGCACCCAUCAACAUUGCGUGGUCGCCGCCUGGCCUUGCGAAACACCGAAAGUGCGCACUUGCGGCUCUUACUGCGAAUCUGACGCUUUCGAUCUGGUCAGCCGAAGGCAAACUGCAAGAGGAAGGAAGCUGGGCUCGGCGGCUCAUCAUCAACGAUGCGCUUGUUGACCACUUCGAAGAUUGUGAUGACGAGCUCAGUCACUUGACGGUAUCAACUAAAGAACGACUGCGUUUGAGAAGCCGCAUCCGAGCGUUCGCUUGGGCACCCGCUCUACCUGGUCCGGAACCGACUGGUGUCGUUGGAACUCACCUGUCAUAUGGUCAGCACAUGUUAGCUGUCUCUAAUGACGACAACUACCUUGUCUUCUUGAAAAUCGGAUCACCAACAUCCACCCUGGGAGCUGAGCGAGACUGGAGGGCAGAUGUUCUGAUACAUGAAUCUUUCGCACCGCCCUCAGAUACCAUCUUUCUAAAACCCAACGUCUUCGAAGACAUGGUUAAACAGCAAAGAUAUAUUUCACACAUUGCAUGGAGUCCUUGGAUCAUUCGUGACGACUCCCAUCAUUCCGUAAUUGUAUACGCUACGAAUGAAGACGUACGGGCUCAGGCAAUCACGUACACGAGUGGGCGUAUGACCUUGGACAAUGAAAUCAUCUACACAGGCUAUGUACUCCGAUACGAUGGGCCAAUGAAGUGGUUCGACAAGCCCGAGAGCGAAAGCAGACUAAAGCUUGCCCUUUUCACGAACACAGAGCUGGUAUACUUGACGAUAUCAGCCCUCGACGCUUCUAUUAUCACAAAGAGCACGCACGAUCUGGACGGCCGAUGGGACCCCAUCUCUGGUGUAGUCUGGGAUACGACCGAAACAGUAACACCUCGCCUACAUAUAAGCUCACUGAUAUCGACCCUCCACAAUCCGACCGCUGUUCUUGAGGAGACAUACGAUGGCCUGAAGAGUCUUGGUGUUCCAAAUUGGCGGGAGAAGAUUGAGAACAACUUGGCGCUUUUCAGUGUAAAGAAUGGACUCAAAGGAAAUAGCAAAGCGAAAGUGUGGGGUCUAACAAGGUCACCACUAGGCGACUUCGUCGCCGCAUGCAACAGCGUACAUCCUUCUGAUAUGAUCGAGUAUGGCAUUCCGGCUGACCGAAGCGGCACCGUGGCGAUCAGCUCCUUGCGACGUGGUAGCCAGCGGCGAGAUAUAUUUCCAAACGAGGACGUCACCGCUGAGGGUAUAACCUACAGUCUCAAGAAACUGGCAGAAGGGGCUGUUGAGGAUCCUGAUGAUAUGCCUGCAUUCGCAGAAGAGAUGGUUUUGAAGCUCGCCAAGACUUAUACAACUCCUUCUCGACCCGAGAACAGCGCAAAGACACCGACAGCGUACUCCGAUGUCAACAAUCUCGACUCGCUGAUAAGGGAAUUCAAACUGUCUGCCUUUCUCAAUGCGGAUACACUGAAGGACCGUUACACUUUACUCGUAUCUGAAGCAUACAAGACACAGAUCCAGAAAGACCUGUUCAGGACACUUAUCGCGUAUCGCCUUGCUCUUGCCUUGCAACAGGUUCCUCUAUCGCUCUCAAAUACUCUAUUCAGUGCGGAAGUCGUCAUACAUCACAAGCAACUCAUUACUCUCGUCAACAUGGCCAUGAGCCACAACGAUACAUCGGAAGACAAUGACCUCCCAACAGUCACUACUGGUGUCAUAGACAGCAGCAGUCCGACGGAUCGGACAUCAGCAACCUCAACAGCAGACACAUGUGACUUUUGCUCGGCCCCUAUACCCUUCACAGACAUUGCUUCAGCAGCUUGCAUCAAUGGACAUCAGUUCCCCAGAUGCGGAUUGAGUUUUCUGGCCAUCCAAGCACCAGGUAUCACCAAGUAUUGUGGCAUAUGCAACACUCCAUUCUUGAGUGAUGAGUGUGUCAUGGCCCAGGAAUAUGUGGACAGCAAGAAGAGUCUAGAUAUCGGAGACGAUGUAGUCAUGGCUGAUGUGACAAGAGAUGGAGAGCUCUCAGAGGGGGUUGGUAGAAAAGACAAGGACGGUGGUUCAUUGAAUGGAGCGGGUCGAGAAAGUGUAGCUGAACAAGACAUGGACGAGGACCAAGCAAGCGACGACCCAGAAGACGAGGAUGGACUGUACGAAAGGAGGCAGAUUCCUGUUACGUUGGCUCGAGUAUUGUUCCUUGCCUGCGAUGCUUGCGUCUACUGCGGUGGCAAGUUUGUUGGUUGA